CACAGACCUCCUUUCAAACCCCCCAAUUUUGCCGUGGUUUGAAUUAGGGUUUAGCUCCAGCCGAGAAUGAUGCAGCAGCCAGGAGGAAUGGCGCCACCACCUAUGGGGAUGGAUCAGCAACAGCCCCAUCAGCAGCAGUGGAUGACCAUGCCACCGCAGCCGCCUCACUUCUGGCCUCAGCAGCAACAGCACUACGGUGGCGCCGCCGACGAGGUUCGAUCUCUAUGGAUUGGAGACCUUCAGUUCUGGAUGGACGAGAACUAUCUCACAUCCUGCUUCUACAACUCCGGCGAGCUGGUAUCUGCUAAGGUGAUUCGCAACAAGCAAACUGGCCAAUCUGAGGGGUAUGGCUUCCUGGAGUUCAGGAGUCAUGGUUCUGCUGAAAGUAUAUUGCAACAAUAUAAUGGUGCAUUGAUGCCUAAUGCUGAACAGAGCUUCCGACUGAACUGGGCUAGUCUUGGUGCGGGGGAUAAGCGCACAGAUGACUCUCCUGAGUACACAAUUUUCGUCGGAGAUUUGGCUGGGGACGUUACAGAUUAUGUCCUGCAGGAAACGUUUAAGGUUGUCUACCAAUCUGUUAAGGGUGCAAAAGUUGUUAUAGAUAGGGUCACUGGACGCUCGAAGGGCUAUGGGUUUGUUAAGUUUGGGGAUGAGAGAGAGCAACAGCGUGCUAUGAGUGAAAUGAACGGUGUUCUCUGUUCAACUAGGCCCAUGCGGAUUGGGCCUGCGGCUAACAAAAAACCUAUGAAUGCACCAACUCAGAACGCUUCAUAUCAAAAUCCUCAAGGAACUCAGGGCGAAAGUGACCCCAAUAAUACAACAAUAUUUGUUGGCGGUCUAGAUUCCAACGUGACGGACGACCAUUUGAGACAAGUAUUCUCACAGUAUGGUGAUGUGGUACAUGUGAAAAUACCAGUUGGAAAACGUUGUGGAUUUGUUCAGUUUUCUGAUAGGUCCUGUGCUGAGCAAGCUAUAGCAAACUUAAAUGGUACUCUGCUAGGAGGGCAGAACAUCCGUCUUUCGUGGGGACGCAGUCCUUCGAACAAGCAGACUCAGCAAGAUCAAAACCAGUGGGGAGGGGGUGCUUACUAUGGGUACACGCAGGGGCAUGAGGUGCAAGGUGGAUUUGCUCCACCACAAGACCCAAACAUGUAUUAUGGAGGCUAUCCUGGAUAUGCAAACUAUCAACAGCCGCAACAGUGAUAUGCUGGAGAGCAGUUGGAGCUUGUGCCUUGCUGAGUGGCUUGUUAUGUGAUAUUGCCAAGUUGGAUUCUUAUCUAAUAAUAUUUGGUGCUAUUUUCUUUCUGUUUUGUUAACCCUUUCCCCCCCACUGAUUUGGAGGUUUUCUUAGUAAACUACAUGUAUAAUUGUAGUUCUUGAUCAUGUUUGGAAUGAAUCGGUUGCAUAUCAAUCGCUUGCCUUAGUUUUGAGCUGUGCUGUUUCUGCUAAACUGCUGACAUGAGCAUGCUGCGGCAAAUUCUUGUAAUGCUAUUGGUUUAAGUGAUUAUUAUUCAGUUAUUGAGAUUACCUGGUUUUA